AGCUGGCUGCCUUCCGGGUGACCAGAUUUCCCUAGCUGGGCCCUGCCCUUUAAAACUUCAACUCUUUCUGGUCCGGAAAAGGAAUAUUGUUUCCGGAAGAAACCCGGAAGAAUCCUCAGAAACUGGGGUUUAGGGAGGAGGUGAAGCAUGCGCUGGAAUCCAAAAGGACGUGGGAGCACAGAGCAAAAAAGCUCCCAUCAAGAUGUUGCUGCCACUGUUGUUGCUACUGCUACUGCUGCUGCCCUUGACCCUGCUCCGGUGGCAGAAGAGCAGAAGAAUGGGUAAGGCCUGGGGCUCUACACUCCAGCAUAGCAUGGCCUUACGAGCCCUAGGUUGGGCAGCAGCCUGGAAGCAGUGGCGACUGGAGAAGAGCACGACUCAAAUCCUUCAAAGCCAGGAGCAAGCGUUGCAUUGGUGUCUUCAGGGACCCCGAACUGCCACCUGCCCAGUAGGGGAAAUACCAGACUUGAACAGUUUCCGGAAUCAGUUCCCUCUGGUUUGGCCUCACCUGGACCCCCACAGCAAGACAGGGGAGACAGAUGAGAACUUGGCAAUGCUGCAGCAUCCCCAAUACAACUCCACCCCCUGGGAUUCUUUACAGAUCACGUUGCUGAGUUUCAAUUUCUUGAAACAGUUGUAUCCAGGGGCACUAGUCCCAGGAGGCACUGCCCGUUUGACCCUCACUUCCCCCUGGCCUUGCUCCCUCCCCUGGCCCCUGAAGCCCCUGGCCUGGGCUUGUCCCCCUGGGGCAGAAGCAGGGGACCCUCAGUCGCUGAUUCUGGCAGCUCUUGGAAGCAGGGAGCUGCAGGUGCUAGAGGCCGGAACAGCAACUGAGUUGUUGGAUGUCUUCUCCUGCCUUGGGGCUGACUGGAAGGGGCUAGUGGAAGCAGUGGCUGCUGGCAUGCCUGGCUUCUUGCCCCCUGCCCCUACCCGGGCAGCAGAGCUGAAAACUGAACUGGAGCAGGGACCGAAGGGACUGGCUCGAAGGCUCUGGCCCCAGCUGCAGGUGGUGGUGAUGAAGGAUGCAGGGGGGCAAGACGUGGCCAAAGCCUCCUUGGGGAAUACCUGGUGCCAAGGGUUGCCUUUCUUCUCACCUGCUUAUGUAGCUGCUGGAGGUAUAAUUGGAUUGAACCUAUGCCUAAAGCAGCUAAAGCCAGGAUACCUCUUACUCCCAGGACCUCCCUUUGUGGAACUGCUCCCAGCCCAGGGGAAGAGCCAAGAGGAGGCCCCCUCCACCCUCCUACUAGGGGAGGCCCUACUAGGGGAAGAAUAUGAGCUGGUGCUGACCAAUGAUGCUGGCCUCACCAGGUGCCCCCUGGGGGAUGUGGUCCAAGUUAUCGGCUUCUACAAUCAGUGUCCUGUAGUCAAAUUUGUCCGAAGGCUGAGUCAGUCCCUCAAUGUCCGAGGUGAGGGCAUCUCUGAAGAUGUGUUCUCUGGGGCAUUGCUACGUGCUGUGGGGCUCUGGCCAGGGGCCAAGUUGCUGGAUUACUGCUGUGCACAGAGUAGCAUUCUGGACUCCUUCUCGGAUGGCUCUGCUCCCCACUACGAAGUGUUUGUAGAACUGAGAGGGGUCAGGGGCUUGUCUGAGGACCAUCGACAUAAGCUGGAUCACUGCCUCCAGGAAGCCUCCCCCACCUACAAGUCUCUCCGUUUCCGAGGCAGUAUUGGACCUGCCCAAGUCCACCUGGUGGGCCAAGGGGGCUUUAGUGAACUUCGUGCUCUCCUUUCCUCCUCUCCCUCAUUAAUGCCCUUUUCCUCCUUUCCCCCAGAGAUGCCCCGCAUCCUGAGACAUAAAAGCCUAAUCCAGUUUCUGCUAAAGAGGGUGGUGUCCUGAGUGUCCUCAGGUCCCCACCUCCAUCGCAGUGUGUCUCUCUUUCAUAUGUCUCUCUGAAACCCCAUAGUCUAGGGGGCUCUCUGAGUCUAGGGGUCACCCUAGCAUCUCUGUACUCUCUCAGAGUGGGAAAAAAAAAUCUCAUUUGGGAACCCUUUUGGCCGGUUUUCCUGCCUUCUAUCCAGGCUAAGUGAUGCUAAUUUUAGCUUCUGGGCAGUGAAGGACUGAUAAUGGGGGCAGGUAGAGUUACUGGAGGUGAGUGCACCAGAAUAGAAUGAGUAUGGGUCUUGCUGUCCCUUCUGUCUCCAUGCAUGAACACUAACUUGAUUUUUAAACGUAGGGACUAGGUUAGGUUUAGACAUCAGGCCUGUGAUUUCAUUAAUAUAGGGGAUUCCUCUGGAUGAGGAAGCUUUACCAGUGCAGGUCAGCAUUAGAAGCUUUCUCUGCCAGGGUCACAUAGCCAACGUGUGCCCGAGGCUGGACUGGAACCCAGAUUUUCCUGAUUCCAAGGCCAUCACUCUUAUCUACUGUGCCACACUGUCUGUCUAUCCAUCUCUAAGAGAUAUGGUGUACAAUCAGAAAUUAAGAAGAGCUAUUGGUGAAUCAGUCUCCCUUCUCAUGCCUCUAACAAGUUAGGAGCCUCUAAGCUAGAAAGGGACCACUCUGUCCUCCCUCCCUUCACCCUCAUUAUCUUGACCAUAAUUUGGCAGCAGCUGCAUUCCACUUACCCAGUCCCUGUUUCCCCAGAGAUUGUACUGAUACUGGCCAGGGAAGGGGGAUCUUGUGGGGGGAAGUGCUAUCAGAGACAGUAUAUUUUGAGCCUUGUUGCAAGCACAUGGUUUUCUGGAAUGUCAGAACUGGAAGGAAGUCUUAGAAAUUGUCUAAGCUAAUGCCCUCAUUUUAGAGAAGAGGAAACUGAGUCCCAAAGAGGUUAAAUGAUUUGCCAAAGGUCACACAGCCACUUUGUGGACAAGCCAGGAGCCAAACUCUGUUCUCCAUUAUUCUUUAUUUCCAUUUCACUCCACUGUCAUUCCUUCUGCCUUGGUGUUGGGGUAGAAAUGGCAAGAGGGUAGGGGUGGGCAGUGGGGUCAAUAAUGCUAAAAGACCAUAGGAAACCUAACCAGUCCCCAAGCCUAGGCACAGGAGAAAGUUGGCUUAUGCUUCCAAAGAAAUCUGUCAACAAGCCAGUUCACAAUAAACUUACCUAGACCUGUA